CUACGUGUUAAUCGUUUUUCUUUAAAUUCUAAAUAUAGUGAGUACAUAUCUUCCCGGCCCUAGCCCGUUUUAUAGAAAUGUGUAGCUUUUAUACAGUCUUGGCUCGAACAACCAGCCGAUUGUUAUACGUAGUAACUCAACGCCUAUUAAAACUAGCCGCUUGCCUAGCCGCCAUAGCCAUGGCGUUCGCGAUCUCUUCAAGAGGAAGCAGAGAUUUAGUCGUACUCUUCUUUUGGAUAUCGAUUUCUCUUUGGGCUUGCUCUGCCGAAUUAAGAUUGUCCUCGGGCGCCCUGAUAUGGCUGUUAGUAGACCGGGUACUUAAGGCGUUCGGGUCUUUCCUCAUAAAGCCUCGUAUGUAACCUAGUCACGUCCGCCUGUGAAUUUCAGUGAAUGCAGGGCUAAAGGGAGACGGGCUGGCAUGACUACGGCGCCAAAUGGGAUCGGCUCGCAGGCGGCAGUAUAAUCAUAUCUGCUUGCUUACCACGAUGUGGGCCGGCUGCAUGUGCUGCUCUUUUGGACCCGGCGCUUAGAUCAUGGCCACAGCGGGGUCUGUAUACUACCUAUGGCGCUAAUCAGCGCAAGGCAGCUGUUUUUGGUGCCCGGCUUCAACAUCGAGGUGGCUUGUGCUAC